AAAUACAUUCAGCCCAGAGCAAUGUAGUGAAAUCUUCCGAAAUUCGGACCUCCAAUCUUGGAACAUUCACAACACAUCCUUGGCGACCCGAACCUCUAAACCUCCAUCUCCAACCUCUCCAACACCAACCUCUCCAACACCAACCCUCUCCAACACCAACCCUCUCCAACACCGACCCUCUCCAACCUCUCCAACAAUGUCACUACCACGACCCAACUACCUCUCCAGAGGAGACUCUUUGAAGAGCAUCAACAAGACGAUGACGAUGACGACAGAGUACACUGAUGAUGACUACAGGAACAUGGUGAUUACACUAGAGGACAACAACAAGAAGGACAGCAAGUAUUGGAGCUUGAAGAGGAUGAAAAGUCAGAGUCUCAGCUUUAAGAGCCGGGAACGGACGACCACGUUGAACGCUGUUUCUCCACAGGUUCUUAGAGCUACAAUCGCUAGGAACAUGGAAUACGUCAGAAAGGUUGCAGAGGAGAUAAUACGAGAUGGUCUCAUCACACGAGACUUUGCAGAGCAGCAGAUAGUGGAACUGCAAAACCAAAUCACUAAAGACAACUCCCAGUCACAGAAACAAGGCGAUACAAGUCGGCUCUUCCUUAUGAACCUUUUCAAACAAGGUAAAUUGACAAUAAAACAACUCCCAACCUACGCCGAGAAGCUCCAACUAAUGGACAACAAUCCUACUGCCACUCAACCACAACCUCAAUCCCCACCUCAACAUCAACGCAAACCUCCCCCACCCCCGUCUGGCCAUGUGUCUGUCGUGUCGCAGGAGCUAAGCCGGGAACGUAGUUUCUCAAUGAAGUCAAUGAAACGAAUCCGUUCCAUGACAAAAAAGGGCAGGAAGGGUUCUGUAGACAAUAUAGUACCUGAUGUGCCCACCAUGGAAACAGAAGAAGAGGGAAGCAACCAAGCUACGUCACAGAGCAACCCCAUCUUCAAAGUGUACGAGCUCCAGAAGGAUGAUGGGCAACGCAAGAUGUUGCAGUUUGUGUUCAGUGCCAAUGUAGUUCAGUACAUUGUGAGGGGCAAGAAACCAAUUGAGAUACCUUUUGAAGAGAUCUCACAUCAUGACGUGAGUGAAGGUCAGAUAAUCAUCACAACAACCACAGAACAAACCUACCAACUGGGCCUCUCAGAUGUUUCAGAGCAGGAUAAAGUUCAGAAGUGUCUGUCCAGUAUUGGACACGAGGAUGACCUGUGUCUGGUGGAGGAGAAUGUACUGAUUGAGGGGUAUCUAGACAAGAAGGGACCACAUGCUCUGGGUGGAACUAAAAAGCGUUUCGUCAAAGUUACACAGGGGAAACUCAGUUACUAUAAAAUAGACUCCUCCAAAAGUUAUGAGGCUCCGCUGAAUACGAUAGUCCUAAAUCCAGAGCUCAACGAAAUUAAACGAUUUGGAAAUGAAGGAUUCACCAUAGUCCCUACGAAUAAUAAAGAUGAGAAGGAAUUCAGUUUCAUGAUACAAAAAGGAAAGCUAAAGGUGGAUGACAUUAUCGAGAGACGAGAGGAAUGGGUUGCGUCGAUCAAGCAAGCCUACGAGAUAGGAGUAUUUUCUUCCCCGUUACACCCCGCUGUUAACAGAGUUGGAAGCACUGCAAAACCGAUCGGAACUCAUCUGGUGAACCUAGCAAAGCAACAGCUGGAGUCAAUGUUGGAAGUGCUGAAAGAGUACGAGGCUGAAGAGGAGUGUGCUGCUCAGGCGAACAAGAUGUAUCAACUGCUGGACGACAUAGAGCGGAAGCUAGUGACUGCAGUUUCUGCUAACGUCUCCCUGCCUCCUCCCUCUCACUCUUACAGCCCAAAGCUUGCUAACAUUGUGUCCCCCUCUACAGAUGACAUCAGUAGUCAGUCUUCCACCAACUCCAACAGAGAAGAAUCCAUCUCCAGUAACUACGAGGAUGUGGAAUUUCAGCCGUGCACUCCAUCCUACGAGAAGACCCCCACUGCACCACUCCACAGAAAGUCCGGUAACAGGCAGGAGAUCCCCUCUGGUACAACAGGUCUCCGGACCCCCUCCUGACAGGAUACCUCCCCCUGUUCCUCCUCACGAAUCAGUUCCAUCAGACCCAGAGGAAGAGUGCCCGUACGAUGUUAUGGUUGGUAGUCAAGAAAAUGAGCCUAUCUACCAGGAUGAGGAACCUAUCUACGACUCUCCUAAGACAGGAGAAGACAAGACAACUGAAGAACCAGUCUAUGAAUAUCAGGAUCAGGAUCAGGAUCCUAUUUAUCAGGGUGAGGGUGAGGGUGAGGAUGAGGAUCCUAUCUAUGAUGCAAUUCCUGUUAAACCCUCUCCUGGAAGGAAGAUAUCCACUGAAGCUGACGGGUUCUUCUCGCCGAUCAGAACAAGAACCCAUGCUUACUCAAUGGUGCGCCCAAAACCUGUAGAGAAACCUAGCACAAUUCGCCAGAGAAAAGAAUCGUUUGAACUGGUGGAUAUCAAGCAAGCCAAACUGUCAACAGACCCGAACAAAAGUCCUGACAAACCUCCAAAAUACACACAAGUUAACAGAGAAGCUGCUUUGGAAGAAGAAGAUGACGAGAUUUACAAUGUUCCCUCUCUGGUCAAACCAGCUGAUGACGAUGAAGAAAUUUACUUCGCUCCUUCCCUCCAAAAUAGGGAACCUGCAAAGCCACCUCGUAGACCGGUACCCCAACUUCCCGGACCUCCCUCCCUCCCUCCUCCUACACGUCCUCCUCCGUCUCUUCCUUCUCCGUCUCUUCCUCCUAGAAGCGACCUAGUGGAGGAUCCAGAGUCCCAGUAUGUGGUGCAGGAUCCUCACGAGAACCUGGCCUUCAACGAUCAAGCUAAUUCUCCAGUAAUUGAAGAUCCAGUCAUCAAAGUACCCGUAUUAAAGCCAGAGCCGAUCCCUGAACCACCUCUACCCUCACCACCACCUAAAACACCCGACCUACCAUCACCUCCAGCUGACCUACCUGAGGAGCCUCUGUACGAGCAAACUGAGAAUUUACCACCUCCUGUUCAACCGGACCCCCCAGUUAUACCCGCUGAACCUGUUAAGCCAUCUCAUAUUCCGGUUAAAACUAUUAAAGAAGAGGAGAAAGAGAACCAGAAAUCAAAUGAACAAAAGGUGUCCGAUCUCAAAGAAGCUGAAGAUCAUGUCUACUCGGACUCGUACGGUGUCAUAGCGGAACCCCCCAAACCUAUAGAGCUACCCAAAGUUGAGCCUCCAAAACCAGUAACUCAAGUAGUUCCUAAACCCCCUGCUACUUUCACCCCACCUCCAGCGCCUGUCAGUGCCUCUCGGCCUCCUGGUGCCCCCAGACCCCCUGGUGCCCCCAGACCCCCUGGAGUUCCGAGACCUCCUUCAGCAUCCAUUGUCCAGAGAGGCAGUGCCAAAUACCAACCCCAAGUUAUCCCUAAAGUUAAAGUCCUGCCUCUCCAUUGGCAGAAAAUUCCUCCUAUAUCCUUCAAGAAAUCAGUGUGGGGAGAUCUUGUAGAUGUCUCACCAAUGAUCGAUGUUAUAUUACUGGAAGAAUACUUUGCCACAAAACAACACAAAGAGCUUGCUAAACCGAACAAAUCUCAGGAGAAACAGAACUAUCUAGACUCGAAACGUUCCCAAAAUAUUGGGAUCUUCCUUCACGGUACCUCAAUACAGCCGAGUUCGAUUGGGGAAUUGGUGGCCAGGAUUAAGAACGGUGAUAACAUGGACUCGAACGUCACCGCCCUUAAAAAAUUCGCGCCCACUAAUGAGGAUCACAAGGUGUUCAGCAAGAUUCCAGAAAGUUCUGUAGAUUCGCUGGACAAGGCAGAUAAACUGAUGUGGUUUAUGGUUAACACACCCUACUUUACCCAACGACUCAACAUAAUUGAAGUCACCGUCUCCAUUCCAGAUGAUAUUGAGGACAUCAAACGGAUGGUUGACAACAUUCUCGAAGUUUGUCGAGUUCUUCUUAACAGUAACUCAUUCCUGCGGUUUUUGGAAAAGAUCCUUGCCAUCGGGAACAUGAUGAACGCUGCCAUAAAAAAGACUUCGCCCGGUUUCAAGUUGAGCUCGACGCUGCCCAAGCUAUCGACCAUCAAGAGCCAGGAUAAGGCGGUAUCUCUGUUGGACUUUAUUGUACAACAGUGUGUUCUCCUGGAUGGUGAUUGUCUCAAGUUCGUAAAUGACUUGGAGAUUGUUCAUAGUGCUAGCCAGUCCUCUUCGAUAGUGGCGUUGACGGCGGAGGUGGACAUCAUGAAACAAGACAUGAACAAACUAUCAGGACGGGCUAACGAUAUUUCACAGAAAUGUCCCCCUGAUAAUCACGCGCACAAGGAGCUGGAGUUAUUCGUGGAUGACGUCCGCUCCUUCGUCAAAUUCUUCCAGCAAAACGUAUUCCUGCUGAACGAGCAGAGCUCCCAAAUGAAAUCAGACUACAGUAAAGUUCUAGAACGUUUUGGAGAGAGCCCCAACACGGACAGUGAGGAGUUCAUGAAGAUGUUAUCAGAGUUCCAGACGUCCUUAGUGGACAGUAUAAAGAGGUGUACUCAUCCUCUGCCACAAUGUAUAGCUCAUUUGAAGCCCAAACCUAAAGUUACCACACCCUCCGCCAAUAAACCUAAGAUGGUGCAGAUGGACCUAGCAAAUUCGCUCAAAAACAGUUCAAUGUUCAAGAGAAAUACUCAAAGCGAUCUCAAAAUACCGACUUGAUUAUCAUUACCAAGUUUUUAUCAGUAGAUAGAAUAAUAUUUUUAAGAAUUUUCAACGUUACCUGUCGUGAUUGUGCACCUUUUGAUUUGUCAGUUGGGGUGGGAUCAGUUAUCAAGCAGUGAAUUUGAAACGGUGUACUAUUGUGGGUUAUGUUAGGAGAGGCAACUACUGCUAGACUUUUUCACAAAAGCUAUUACGGGGAUUGUGGACAUUCAUUAUUGUUGUAAUACUUAGGUUUAACUUUCAAGUUUUUAGUAGAAUUCCAUUCAAUAUUUGGUAAUACAAUUUAGUAAGAUACAAUGCCACAAAUGUUUUUGGAAGAACUGGCGAGCUGUUUAGGUAUUGGAAAUCAUCGCCUUUUCGCUUUCCUAAAUUUAUAGGCGAGGCAUCUCAAAUUUGCUAUUGUGAAAGCAAGAUUGUUCAAUUUUAAUGCUCGAUAUACUUAUUGUUCAA